AUAAUGAUCUUAUUAGGUUCGGGAGGCCAUACAGGAGAAAUGAUCAGAAUUUUAUCAAAUUUGGAAAUUAAAAAUAAAUUCAAAUAUAUCACCUGGGUAAUUUCUUCUGGAGAUAAAUCUUCUUUAAUUAAAGCUCAAUACUUUGAAAAAAAAUACUUAUUAAAUGAAAACAAAACAAUAACAAAAUACUUGAUAUUACCCAGAGCAAGAAACAUUUCACAAAACUAUUUCAAAUCAAUAUUCACCACAAUAUACUGUUUUUUAGUGACUAGUAUAAGAAUUUUUUUUUUGUUUGAAUUUAAAAAAUACCCUAAUAUCUUGAUUUGCAACGGUCCAGGUACAUCGGUUCCAUUAUGCUACAUUUUUUUCCUAAUCAAAUUGCUAACAUUGGGUUUGCUUAACAAUAAAAUCAUUUACAUUGAAAGCCUAGCAAGAGUGAACAACUUGUCACUCACAGGAUACCUACUCUAUCCCAUUGUCGAUAGAUUUAUCGUUCAGUGGGACAAGUUGCACAAGAAGUUUCGUAGAAGCGAAUAUUUUGGAAUAUUGGUCUAA